AUGUCGAUCGACAAAGCGAUCGUGAUCGAACGCGUCGUCGGUACGCGCGCGCGGACGCCCACCGCGGGCGUGCGUCGCGUUGUAGCGAGAGACAUCGCGAACGAAUCCACCAUCGUCGGACGAGGGGCGUGUUGGAUGAAGAGGACGAAAAAGGGCGAUGCGAGCGUCUUCGUGAGCUCUUUGGAGGUGAAAGAGACCCACAGGAGACGCGGGAUCGGACGGGCGAUCGUGGAGGAGAUAGAAUCGAUUGGGAGGGAGGAGUUCGGGGCGACGAAGUGCUCGCUCACGGUGAAUAAGUGGAACGCGAACGCGCGCGCGAUGUUCGCGCGGUUGGGAUUCGAGUACGACGACGACGAUCGAGAGAUAUGGGAGUACGUCGUCGAUCCCCUCACAUUGGUUCAGCGCAGAAUGUCGAGGGAGAUAUCGAUCGGUUGA